CAUCUCAAAACUCACGAUGCUCCGGCUGCUGAGUUCCCUCCUCUUUGUGGCCCUUGCCUCGGGGUGUGGCCGACCUUCCCACAACCCCUCCACCCGAGUCGUCAAUGGUGAAGAUGCGGUCCCCUACAGCUGGCCCUGGCAGGUUUCCCUGCAGUAUGAGAAGAACGGAGACUUCCACCACACCUGUGGUGGCAGCCUCAUUGACCCCGAAUGGGUCAUGACUGCAGGCCACUGCAUCUCGAGCUCCCUCACCUACCAGGUGGUGUUGGGAGAGUAUGACCGGGCUGAGAACGAGGGCGCUGAACAGGUCAUCCCUAUCAAUGCAGAGGAUCUCUUCGUGCACCCACUCUGGAACCCCAACUGUGUGGCCUGUGGCAAUGACAUCGCCCUCAUCAAGCUUUCUCGCCCUGCCGUGCUGGGAGACUCCGUUCAGCUCGCCUGCCUCCCUCCUGCCGGUGACAUCCUGCCCAACGAGGCACCCUGCUACAUCAGCGGCUGGGGCCGUCUCGUUACCGGUGGGCCACUCCCGGACAAGCUGCAGCAGGCCCUGCUGCCCGUAGUGGAAUAUGAGCGCUGUUCCAAGUGGGACUGGUGGGGCAGCUCCGUGAAGAAGACCAUGGUGUGUGCUGGCGGGGACAUCCGCUCCGGAUGCAAUGGUGACUCUGGAGGACCCCUCAACUGCCCUGCUGCGGACGGCUCCUGGCAGGUCCAUGGUGUGACCAGCUUCGUUUCUGCCUUUGGCUGCAACACCCGCAAGAAGCCCACUGUGUUCACGCGCGUCUCGGCGUUCAAUGACUGGAUCGAGGAGACUAUGGCAAGCCACUAGACCCACAGCCUGCUUGGCAGUGUCCAUCUACAUUCUGCAAAAACAAAAUAAAGAUAUCUCAGA